GAAUUCUGUGAGAAGUUCACAUCUCUUUUGCAACAUGUCGAGUCGUGGAUCUACCAUUUUUUCGUUAAUUUUAUUCGUCUAUUCCGAAGUGUCGUUCAUCCGAGCUCAAGAAAAUAUCGAUGCAUCGAAAUACAUCGAUCAAAUACAACGAGCUUUGCCCUCGUUGUACCCUGCUGAUAUUUUGGCUCUGCUGCCAGAUUUUCCAAUUGAUAAUUCCACCAGCCCGAGCUCCAUCAAAUGUUAUGAACAAACGUCGCUUCUCAUUAAUUCGACACGGAAUAACGUUAUGUGGGCCUUGAAAAUGGUCGAUGCUUCCUCGAAAAUUCCCUCGGGUAUUCUGAUGGGUAAUCGCAUGGAUUUGGGGAUGUACGACGAGUGCAUGAGCAUCAGAGAGAUCGAAAAUGGCGAAGAAAUUCGUGGCCGCCAUUGCAUGUACUCUAUCAAUGCAAACAUAGAGAAUUUCACGAUGCAAGAAACUCUAUCAAUUUGUUUACCUUCAACUUGUGAGCCCAAGGACGUCGUGAUAAUACUAGAAGCGGCGUUGAAAAUGAUCGGUGAUUUUCUUCCGCAAGUUAUUCCGUUGAGUGUAACCAGCUCCACGUGCUCGUCUGUUGUCGCUCCGGUGUGGACUCCUGGAGGAAUUGUUACGCUAGUCGGUCUGAGCGCGUUGAUCUCAUUCCUUUUGAUUUGCACUAUUUCUGAUUUUUAUAUGAGAUAUUCGGAAAUGAGCUUCUCCACGAAUAAUAGACUCGUCUGGUUGAGCCAAUUUUCGCUCUAUUCCAACGCAAUUCGUGUGCUCAGUACGAAAACAGCGCCCCAAACGCUUCCAGCCAUCCAGGGAAUCCGAUUUUUCAGUAUGUGUUGGGUGAUAUUUGGUCACGGAUACUGUAUGAGCCUUUUUGUAGCAACUGUGAACACCGCCGAUUUUUUCCAGUGGGUCCAUUCGUGGAGUGCUAUGUACAUACUGAUCGCGACGUUCGCUGUUGACACGUUUUUCACGAUCAGUGGCUUUCUCUUAUCUUACUUAUUUUUAAAAGAAAUGUCCACCGGGCGAAGUUUCAAUAUUUUCGCGUAUUAUAUUCAUCGCUAUUUGAGAUUAACACCUGCCCUUGCGGCUCUACUGCUCGCAACGAUAUUUAUUCUCCCUCGAGUGGGCUCCGGCGCUCUUUGGGAUAAUUCCAUGAUCACUAUCGCGAACAACUGUCGAGAGAAUUGGUGGCCGAUGAUGCUUUACAUUCACAAUUACUACGACAAAGAUCACCUCUGGUGUCUCGCUCACACCUGGUAUUUGGCAGUGGAAAUGCAUUUCUUCUGGAUUUCACCGCUGAUCCUCUAUCCACUUGCAAGAAAACCAUCGAUAGGUCUCGUCAUCUUGAUGCUCGCGUUUUGCGCUUCGGUCAUAACGCCCACUGUUAUUUCUUACAAGAAUGGAUACUCCAGUGUUCUGUUCGCGACUGGCAAUUUGGAGAUUGCAGUGCAAGGGAAUAUGAAUUUUUAUAUGGAAAGUCACAUUCGGGCAGCCCCGUGGAUCGUAGGAAUAUUCUUCGGAUACUUGGUUUUCAAGAAACAAACGGCUCCAGCGAAAAUCAUUAGACGGAUCGGUUGGCUUGUGACAAUCCUAGCGUUUGCUUUCUGCUUCUUUAGUUUGAGGGUUUUCCAAGCAAAAGGCUACGAAUUUAGCACGGCUUGGGAGACUUUUUAUACUGCUGUUUCGAAACCCCUUUGGGCAGGUGGGGUCGGAUGGAUAAUGUAUGCGUCUGUUCUUGGAUUUGGAGGACCGAUAACAACGGUAUUGUCUUAUCCGAUCUACACUCCGUUCAGUAGGAUAUCCUAUUGUGUAUAUUUAGUACAUUUUGUGCUCCAAAUAUUGAGAGUGAGUUCUCUUCGAACUCCCCAAUACUUCAGUCCAGCUGGCUGUUUCACUCAAUUCCUUAGCGACUUAGCUUUGUCAGCCAUUUUCGGAUUUAUUUUUACUUUGAUGAUCGAAUCCCCGAUUUUGACGGUCGAGAAAAUUAUAAAAAGGCGAAAUCAGAAGCGACUGAGCGAAUCAAAGCGAAAGUUGGAACACAAUGAGCCAAGCAGAGGCGUCGACAACCCCAAUAUUAUUUACGAUUGAAGUAUCUAAUCGAGUGGAUAAAUCACAAAAUCGUUAAUAUUGUGAAAAAUCAUUUUUUUUUUUCAUGAGAACGUAUUAAUAGUGAGCAACUGCUUUGUCCGGUACAAAUCAUCUUUUGCGCCCAUUUUGUACUAUUUAAACAAUAAUAAAUAUUUAUCAAAUUUUUCCUGAGCACGAAAAUUAUCAUUAUGCAUAAAUAAACGAUUUUGACUAAAAAAAAAAAAA